GCAAAAGUGGGAUGUGUGGCACAUCAUUGCGGGGCACAAAGCUUAGCACGUAACCCAGCUUCCACGACACGACACGACACGACACGAAACGCGACCUCCGCACAUACACCCACCCACCCACACACAUACACACAAUGGCCGACACCGAACCCACGAGCGACAUCCCCGCGGUACCCGCGAAGGUCACGCUCUACUGCGGAAUAUGCACACUUCCCCCGGAGUACUGCGAAUUCACCAACACGGCCAAGAAGUGUCGCGAGUGGCUCGAGAAUAACCACGCGGACCUGGUGUCGGUGAUUUACAACACCGAAGCCGUCGAAGCCGCGAUGUCGAACCUCUCGGUGGCAGCACAAGAGAAGGCCGCGAAGGCCGAAGCCGCAGCCUCGAAGCGUGCGGACAAGGAAGAGAUCAAAGCCGAGCGCGAAGCGCAGAAGAAAGCGAGCAGCCGGAUCACCUUGAAGCGAGUGGAGCGCACGAAGCGGAAGCACGUGAUUAUCGUUACCGGUUUGGAAACGUUCGGUUUGGACCUGAAGAAGGUCGCAAAGGACUUUGGAAAGAAGUUUGCGUGCGGGUCGAGUGUGACUAAGAACGCGGCCGGGCAGGAUGAGAUCGUCGUUCAGGGUGACCUGAGUGAUGAUAUUCUGGAGUACCUCGAGCAGAAGUACCCUGAGGUGCCGUUUGAUAAUGUCGAUCAGGUGGAGGAUAAGAAGAAGAAGAAGGGUGAAGCUGCGGCGUGAGAUGGCCUUGGCAUGGGAAAAGGACGAGUACUGGGCCGUGGUUGUAGCAUAGGUAUACCGGUUUAAUGACAAUCACGAAUUGGGCGUAGCAAUAUACCGGCU